AUGGCUGCCUUGUGGGAGAACAACGGGCAGAUGGGUCAGUUUCCAUUAGAACAAUGGUUUUAUGAGAUGCCCCCAGUGACGCGGUGGUGGACCGUGGCCACGGUGGCUACCUCUGUACUGGUACAGUGCCACAUUGUGACUCCAUUCCAGCUCUUCUACAGCUUCCGCACCGUCUAUGCCAAAUCGCAGUACUGGCGUCUCCUAUCCACAUUUCUCUACUUCGGCCCACUAAACCUUGACCUCUUAUUUCACGUCUUCUUCUUACAACGCUACUCACGUCUUCUGGAAGAAUCCUCUGGUCGCUCCCCGGCUCAAUUCACCUGGUUGAUCGUCUACGCCUGCUCUUCGCUGCUGUUGAUAUCGCCAUUCCUCUCGUUACCAUUCCUCGGAACCGCACUGUCUUCCAGUCUCGUUUAUAUCUGGGCGAGACGGAAUCCAGAGACUCGACUCAGUUUCCUCGGCCUGCUCGUCUUCACAGCUCCAUAUCUCCCGUGGGUGUUGAUGGGCUUUAGUCUAGUCAUGCAUAAGAUGGUGCCCAAGGAUGAACUUUGUGGCGUUGUCGUGGGCCAUGUCUGGUACUUUUUCAAUGAUGUUUAUCCCACUCUUCAUGGUGGUCAUCGUCCUUUUGAUCCGCCGAGAUGGUGGCGGCGGUUGUUUGAGGGCAAUCUUGAUGCAGAAGAGCGAGAACGCCCCGGCCCCACUGAUGCGACCGUCAAUCAAGAGUUUGCUGCCGCCGCCGCCGCACCCGAGGUCCGAUAA